AUGGAGGGCCACGGCCCCGCCGCGCCCUCGGCCCCGCCGCGCCCGCGGCGCACGCAGCGGUUCGAGGCGGCCCUGGGCGUGGAGACGGUCGACAGGAAGGCCCUGGCAGAGCUGGCGUGGUGCGGCGUGCCGGCGGAGCUGAGCCGCUGCGAGGUGUGGCAGCUGCUGCUGGGGUACAGGCCCCUGACGCGCGAGAGGCGCUCGGACGCCCUGGCGCGCAAGCGCGAGGAGUACUGGGAGCUGCGCCGCACCCUCUACGAGGCCUCGCGGGCGGUCGCGGCGGCCGCCCCCGCGGGCAGCGGCGAGCCUCCGGCGCGUGGCCACACCGGGCGCGACAGCGAGGACGUACUCCUGCGGCAGAUCCGGAAGGACCUGCCGCGCACCAAGCUGAGGGCGGGCCCCUCCGAGGCUCUCUCGGCGGUGGUCAGGGACGAGCGCGUCCAGGGGCUCAUGGAGCGCGUCCUCUUCGUCUGGGCCGUGCGGCAGCCCGCCUGCAGCUACGUGCAGGGCCUCAACGACGUGCUGUUGCCGCUGCUCCUGGUGCUGCUGGCGGACCGCAGGGCACGACCGGAGGGGACGGCGGACGUGGCCUUGCUGGCCGUGCUGGGCGAGGAGGAGCUGGCCGAGGUGGAGGCAGACUGCUAUUGGUGCGUCACGAAGAUUCUCUCGGAGAUCUUCGACCACUACACCCACGGGCAGCCCGGCAUCCAGCGCAUGGGGCAUCGCCUGAGUGAGGUCAUCCGCAGGAUCGACGCGCCGCUGGCGCGCCACCUGGAGUCCCAGGGCGUGGACCUGCUGCACACUGCCUUCAGGUGGACCACCUGCCUGAUGGUGAGGGAGCUGCCGUUGGGCUGCUGCGUGCGCCUGUGGGACACCCUGAUCGCGGAGUCCGCGCUCGCCAGUGGCACCCAGCGCGGCGCUGCGGGGGACGAUUGCGGGAGCCCUGGCUUCGAGGCCUUGCUCGUCUAUUUCUGCGCGUGCUUGGCGGUCUACUUCAGCCCGCGCCUGAGGGAGAUGGACUUCGAGGUCAUGACGCUCUUCCUGCAGAAGCUGCCGACAGGCGGCUUCGGCGAGCACGAGGUGGAGGUGCUGCUCGGGGAGGCGUACGUGCUGAAGCAGCUCUUCCAGGAGUCGCCGAGCCACCUGCAGCCCGAGGGCGCCGUGGGCUCCGGGCUGCCGCGCCCGGGCGCGUGA